ACUUCCGAUGUUUGGUCCCUUGGUUCCCGUCCCGCCUCCGUAGCGGUUCACUGCUUUGGGCAGAAGCGGGCUCCAUUGAAUUGAGAAGAGCGCAGGAGAAGGAGCCCGAAGACAGAGGAUCCACUUCUACAUUCCGCACGGAGCGCGUCCUCCUUCGCGGCGGAAUAGCACUCCCCGCCGCACGCUUUUCGGGUCCUCAGUACAAGUGGUCCCCAUGGCGACGCCCGCACAGGUGAGUGAGGUGCCCUGCUCUCGGGCCAUCUGCUUGGGUGGGUACUUGAUCCUGGAACUUCCGACCCUUCUCGCGUUAGUGCUCUGGAUCUGGAAGCAGCGGGGGUGCUCAGGAGGCUCCCGUGUCGGGCUCUAGUCUUGAGCCUUGCUCUUCCGCGCCCUUGGCGUCCGUCUCCUGGGUCUGUAAUGGAAUGUCCGUAAUAAUUCCGUCCUGAGAGAACUGGAGCCAGUACGCGUGUGGGGUUGGGUCUUGUACUCAGCAGGACCAGGCAGCAUCACUCUGUGGGUGUGGCUUCGGGAGCAUCCGUGUUGCCGGCAAGGUGGUCUGCUGGCAGGCAAAGAGACUGGGUUUAUCUUCAUAGCGAAUUUGGCUUGCCCCCUAACAGCACUGAAUCCGUACUGCAAAGGAAAUCCGUUAAAAUAUUCGUUAAUGACGGUGCUUUGGGGAUUCACAUGCCCAGCGGACCCACAGUUAUUUUCCAGCAUGCCACACUGUUCUCUGUCAGCAUGGUUUCUUGGUGUCUCCAUCAGGGAUUAUUACAUAAGAAAUAUAGUCCUUCUCAUCACUGUCAGUCAGUCAUUGUCCCACAGCCCCACAGAUAGGGGGACCAGCUCAGCAGGGUUGAGUGAGAUGUCUUCACAGUCUAGCAAGCAGGGCCCACCAGGAUGGGACCCAAAAGGGUCCUCUCCCUCUCCCCCUCCCCUUCUGAGUGUGUGUGUGUGUGUGUGUGUGUGUGUGUGUGUGUGUAUGAAUAAGUGAUGCCUUAGGCUGAUGUCUGGCAUCAGCUGCUCUACACCUGAUCUCUUGAGGCCGUGUCUACCAGUUGGAUACGGAGCUGACUUUCCGGCUCAUCAAGCUAGCCAUCUUGCUCUGGAGAUCCUUCGCCACCCGGCAUAUCCAUGGGCGCUGGAAUCUGAAAUCCUGUCUUUAUGCCACAAACACUUCCCCACAGCCAUCUUCCCAGCCUGUUGGAACACGGCCCAAGAAUGGAGUCAUGCGAAGAGGAUUCUGAGUGUUCGCGAAGAAACUCCAAGAAGACAAGAUCUUGUGACCUCAGUUUGUUCAAAACACAGACUUGUCCUAGGACUGUGUUUUUGUGCUUCUUCCAGGUGCAGUGGAUAGGAGAGUUUACUUCAGCUGUUAUUCAUUAGCCUCUGUGGAAAACAUGUUUUUGCUGUGUGCAGCUUGUCCUUGGAAUUAUACACAUUACUCAGGUGACGCUUCUUAACCCUCGGGGUAAAAAUUGUCUGAUGCUCUGAAUAAAGUUGGCUGUCACGUGAGUUUUAGGCCCUGCUCUCCCAGGUCUACGCCACCAACUAGAGCAAUAAACACAUGCCUAUGCCCUGGCUUCAGGUCCUUUUUUUUUUUUUUUUUUUUUUUUUUAUAGGGUUUUUUUGUAUGUAGCCUGACUUCCUGGUUACUAGUCUAUGCUGGGCAGACCAGUGAGGUUCAGCAGCUGAGGUGGUGAUCAUUGUUUGAAUUACAGUGUCCUCAUUCCCUCCCUAAGCCCGUGGUGAUAUUUUGUUUAUUUUGUUUGUGCUUUAACAAACAAAGCUUUCCUGAAGAUGAGUGCGGAGCUAGCCACACUAGAUAGCCAUAGAGGCCAGGCAGUGAUGGCACACGCCUUUAAUCCCAGCACGAGAGAGAGAGAGAGAGAGAGAGAGAGAGAGAGAGAGAGAGAGAGAGAGAGAGAGAGAUAUCUCUGUGAAUUCAAGGCCACCCUGGGCUAAACGAGGCUGAAUCAGUCUAAAAGAGAAACAGAGCUAAGUGGUGGUGGUUCACACCUUUAAUCCCAGCACUACAGAGUUGGAGACCGGAAGUGAUAUGGCUGGGAUGGCUGGGCAGAGAGAGGAAUACAAGGCUGGAGGAGUCAGGAUCUCAGAUUUCAGUCUGAGGUUUUAUAGAGAUGACAUUUAGUCUGGGGACUUGUAGAGACGGGAUACCCCAGUCUGAGGAUUUCAUAGAGGUAAGAACUAGUGACUGGCUGCUCUGCUUCUCUGAUCUGUCAGCUUUUACCCCCUAAUAUCUGACUCUGGGUUUUUAUUAUUAAGACCAAUUAGAAUCAGUGCUACAUUUGGUGACUAACAUGGGGCUUGAACCCACGACCAUUAGAUUAAGAGUCUUAUGCUCUACUGACUGAGCUAGCCAGGCUGGGCUCUUCUAACAUCACAGGUCCUUAAGAGAAGAUCUGGGCCAGGUCCUUAAGAGAAGGUCUGCAGUCAGACUUUGUUCCUGCAUUCUUGCCCAGAACCACGGAACAGGGUCCAGUUUUGCAUGUGGUCUACACAGCCACCCAACUACCUCUGUUUAUAUUCCCAGGCCUUGGUUUCUUUUGAAGAUGUGGUCGUAACCUUCACUGUGGAGGAAUGGGGACAGCUGGACCUGGCUCAGAGAGCACUGUACCAGGAGGUGAUGAUGGAGACCUGUGGGCUUCUGGUCUCCCUGGGGUAUCAUGUUCCUAUGCCAGAGCUGAUCUACCUCCAGGAGCAUCGGCAGGGAGUAUGGACAGUGAAGAGAGGUCUCUUCCAAAGCUCCUGCACAGGUGAAGAAGCAAAGUCCACUGACUCCUCAAAACCCACUGCUUCUCCACAGACUUUCUAUUUCCAAGAACAACUGUCACAGAGAUCCUCAGAGGACUUCAAGGUAGGGCAGACCAAGGAUAAAGAAACAUGGUCAGAAAUGCCAGGUGGGACCACAGGGACAACUGAUUCUUCCAAGGAGACAUGCUCUGGAGAGCUGGCUUAUAAUCAUGAGGCUUUGGAGACAGAUGAUGGUCUCUGUUUACAAGUCUUACAGGAGCAAGCUACUCCACGAGAUUCUUACCAUGAACAUGAUUCUCAAGGACCAGAAAAAGAGCCUGUGGUUGAUGUAGGGAGCCUUUAUCAGUGUAAAGACUGUGGGAAAGUGUUUAGGAACAAUCGGACCUUAGUAUGGCAUCAGCAGAUUCAUGUUGGAGCAAAGCCUUAUGAAUGCAGUGAGUGCGGGAAAAUGUGUCGUUCCACAGCUGGCUUUGUUCAGCAUAUGAGGAUUCACGCUGGGGAGAAGCUACAUCAGUGCAUCGAGUGCGGGAAGGCCUUCAAGCGCAGUUCUCACCUCACUGAGCACCAGCGGCUGCACACUGGAGACAAACCUUAUGAGUGCACCCAAUGUGGGAAGACCUUCUCCCAUCGCUCCACUUUCCUCCAGCACAAGGAGACGCACUCUGCAGAGAAGCCUUUCCUGUGCAAAGAAUGUGGGAAAGCUUUUUGCUACAGCUCUUCGUUUGUUCAGCAUAUGAAGAUUCACACCGGAAAGAAGCUGUACGAGUGCGGCCAGUGCGGGAAGUCCUUUAUUCACUCCUCCACAUUGGUGAAACACAAGAGGACCCAUACUGGAGAGAAGCCCUAUGCGUGCAAGGACUGUGGCAAAACCUUCACUCACCACUCCACGUUUCUCCACCACAGCAUGACCCACACCGGGGAAAAGCCCUUUGUGUGCAAAGAAUGUGGGAAAGCUUUUUGUGUCAGCUCAUCCUUCAUGCAGCACAUGAGGAUCCACACUGGAGAGAAGCCAUACGAGUGCAGUGAGUGUGGAAAGGCCUUUACCCAGAGCUCCACCUUUAUCAGGCAUAAGAGGACCCACACUGGAGUGAAACCAUUUGAGUGCAAAGACUGUGGAAGGGCCUUUUGUGACAACUCUUCUCUGAUUCAACACACGAGGCUUCACACUGGCGAGAAGCCCUAUGAAUGCGAUGAAUGUGGCAAGACCUUUACCCACCACUCGGUUUUCAUCCGACACACCAGAACCCACAGUGGAGUAAAACCCUUGGAAUGCAAAGAAUGUGCGAAAGCCUUUUACUAUAGCUCCUCCUUCAUCCGACACAUACGGAUCCACACUGGAGAGAAGCCUUAUGUUUGCAGAGAAUGUGGGAAAGCCUUCACUCAACCUGAAAAUUUUCUCCGGCAAAGUAGGAUCCAAACUGGAGAGAAACCCUUCGAAUGCACAGUGUGUGAGAAGGCUUUCUAUGACAACUUUUCCUUGAUUAGGCACAUGAGAACUCACACUGGAGAGAAGCCCUUUGAGUGCAGUGAAUGUGGGAAGACCUUCAGCCAUAAUUCAUCCUUUAUUCAACACCAAAAGAUUCAUACCAGGGUUUAAAAGAUAGGGGCAGUGUUUCCCUCCAUCCAUUUGAACAAGCACAUGCUAGAAAAAUACUUUUCAAUGUCGGUAUCAGGGAAAAUCCUAUGGCCAGAGAAAUAAUUUAGUUUCUGGAAAAUUAUACUGAAGAGACACUUGAUUGUCAUUCCUAUAACAAGUUCUUGUCACAGUUCAUCACUUGCCAUCUAAAGAAUCAUAUAUUAAAAAACAAGCCAGCCUAAGCUCUGCACAGUAUCCGAGAAUUAUCUGGCGUAAAACCCAGUUUUGCUAGCAUUUGGUUAAAUGCCAUUUACUUAUUCAUCAAAUCUAACGAGUAUUUUAAAGCAACAAGGAACAAUAGAGGGGGAGAUAGAUAAGCAAAGAUGAAAAAGAAAUGUUUGAAUGACCUCUCUGAUUUUCCUAGGAAGCAAUGGAAUUGUCAUGGUAACACAAGAGAUCUAAAAGACCUCACUCCCAUGUGUUUUCACACUGCCAAAAGAAUUGCACUAUUAAGGGCUUUGUGUCAACAUUUCCUUUUAUUUUUAAUUUUUUUUUCAAGACAGGGUUUCUCUGUUUAACAGUGCCCUGGCUGUCCUGGAACUCACUUUUUAGAUCAAGUUGACCUCAAACUAACAAAUAUCCACCUGGCUCUGCAUCCCAGGUGCUGGGAUUAAAGGUGUGCACCACCACUGCCUGGCUCUUUUUCUUUUUUAGUUGAAAAUUUUUUAUACAAUAUAUUUCAAUCAUAUUCUUAACCCCCCAAACACUUUUUUCUUCAAUGGUUUGGAUUAUAGGGGUGUAAGACCCUCACCCUCGGGUCUUAGUUCCAGGGAGAAGCCCCGCAACUCAAUUAACCAGUCCAGCAGAUGCAACAAGCAAGAGGAUUUAGUAACAAUUGAGCAACCAGGUGCUUCUGGUCUCCGAGGAGGCAGAGCACCCUGAACAAUAAUUCCAGCAAGCUUUUAUAGGCAAAACCCACAACAUUAGCUUAUCAGAUAUGGGUUACAACCUGAUUGGACAUCACGUUUUUAUUUUUACCACAUUAGCAUAAGGGUCAACCUUAGGACAUAGUUUGUUCCAACCGGUUCUCGGGAAAACCCCAAGAUGUUUUUUGAGCCAGGCAGGACAUGCAUGGGUGGGGGAAUGAGGAACCUGUCCAGGUGCUUGGGGCUCAAGGGAAAUUCUCCUUUUCCCAAUUUAUUUUCUUCAUUCCCUCCUUUUCUUAUGUCCCUAGUUUUAAUCUUAAAACUUAGGGUUCUGACUCCUGCUGUUUCAACAUCUGAUAUUGUUGUGUAAGCCCUAAAGUCUGAACUAUAGACAAGCGAUCUUUAAUGAAUUGCAGCAAGCGAUUUAAAAUACAAGGCCUAAAAGUAAACAGAAGUAAAAGUAUUAAUAAAGGCCCCAUGACAGUGGAGAUUAGGGUAGUCAUCCAGGGUGACCUACUGUACCAGCCUUCAAACCAGUUCUGUUGUGCUGCCCUAUCCUUUUGACGUUGGUUCAGCCUCUCUCUUAAUUUUGUCAUGGAGUCUGUUAUUACUCCAGCAUGGUCAGCAUAAAAACAACAUUCUUCCCCCAGUGCAGCGCAAAGGCCUUUCUCCUUUAAAAAUAAAUCUAAACCCCUUCUAUUUUGGAGCACGACUUCAGACAAGGAGGCGAGGGAUUUCUCUAGCAAGGAUAUGGAGUUCUCAAUUGCCAGGAGAUCUGUGUCUAUAGCGAGUUGUAACUGGGUUAAUUGUUGGUUCCCUUGUAUAAGGGCAGUUGUUCCUGUUCCUAUCCCCGCCGCUGCCCCUCCCAGUCCCAGCAGAACAGCCAGGGUUAGGGACAAGGGUUCUCUUUUCUGUCUAUGCCUCCCCUUGAGGGUUUCUAGCAGGUCAUCCUCCAAAUGGUAGAGGAUAUGAGGCAUUACCUGGGUUAACACACAGAAGUCCUUAGGUUCAUGACUGUAGCUGACACACAGGGAGUAAGCCCGGUAUUCCAUGCCCACCAUGUGUCAUUAGGAGGAACCAGAUAGUAGUUCCUGGGACUUACUGAAAUGGUUUGGUUGCAUAGAGGCUGGUGACUACUUGGAACUGUCCCUAUAAUAACCCUUGGCCUCCUACCUGUGGUAAAGUGAGCUUGUGUAAGCUGGGGUUUUUACAUAUCUCUGGGAGAGUGGUCGAAUUAGUAAUCUCUCCAGAUGUGGCUGGUCCUUCAUAAUAAGGGGGACUAGAGGCUAGGCAUAGCCAACAAGCCUGAGUAGCUUCUGGGUUAGUCCCAUUGAGGGCCGUGAAAGCUCCCUCUACCAGAUGCAUUAGCCUGUCUCCCCAACCAGGGGGUCAGUAGGGGUAAGUGAGGAUGACGCAGGUGCUAGAGGGAUUUGCCUGGACGCCUGGGGGGCCUUGUUCUGGAUUUUUGUUGGUCCUUUUAAAUUGAGCAGGACUGGGUUGGGGCCAAUGGCUUGGGCACUAAUGGUGGCUAUAUUAAGUCUUAUCUGGAAGGUAAAUCCUUUAUCCCAUCCUGUCAUGUAAAAUCAAAGCCCCCAUGUCCGACCUGUGGGCCAAUUUGCAAACUUUCAUCCUUGUUGGGUAAAAGUUAUGUUAAAGGAAUCUUCUCCCUUGUUUCCUCUAGUUAAAGUGAUUAGGCCCCAUGAGGAUGAAGGACAUCAAUAGGUGUCCCCAGUAGUUUCACAGGACCAUUGUUUGCAAUAGAGACUCUCUGGUCCUCCACAACGAUAUGCCUGAUUUUUGUUUCUCUCAUCUCGGGGACAUACAUAGAAAGAUGUCUGUUGUAGUUUCCUUUUGGCCGGUUUGUCUUUACAGCCAGGAUCUGCUCUAACAUAUUGGCCUUGGGAGGUGACGCCCUGAUCUGGGGAGCAUUUCAUGACAUGUAAUGCAUCAUCUGAGGUUGGCCUGUCGUUAUGUUAGACUGGGAAUGUCCCAUGUCUCUAAUCCUGUCAUCAGGUCACAAAUUUUGGGGUAUAGGUGAGGCCACCAAGUGUUAGGAGGGUAUGAGCCUGUAAUGGACCAGACGAUAUCUCCCGUUUGGGAGAGGACCUGCCAGGUAAGUUGUUUAGGGGUGUGUGGGCUAUUUCCCUUGGUCUUACAGAUCAAAGGCAUCAAGAAUAAAAGUAUGAAUAUAAGGUUUACACGAUUCGCAUGAGUCUUAGCUUUAGGGGGUUUUGAGUGCGUUGAAGUCUCCAUAUCUGCUCUGGUGUCUCUCCGUGUUCUGGGCUAGGUACAGCCUUCACAUUGGAACCAUGUAUCCAUACAGCAACCCUGUCCACCUUCAACGCGGUUGGAGUCAUCAGGAGUACGGUGUAGGGUCCUUUCCAGCGAGGUUAGAGAGUCUUGGUCUGGUAUCUUAGCACCAGGACUGAGUAGCCAAUCUUGAAGGGAUAGGGGCAAGAAGGAAGGUUGUUCUCGCAAUAAGCGUCAGAAAGGGGCUUUGAAAUUUCCUGUUGGACCAGCUACAGAGCUUGCAGAUGGGCCUGCAUGGUAGAGGAGGUGGCAUAAACAGAAACAUCAGAAUCAAAGAAGGAUAUGGCUGGCGGAGGACUUCCAUAAAUGAUUUCGAAGGGGGUGAGCCCAUGUGAGUCAGGGGAAUUUCUGGCUCUGUACAGGGCCAAUGGUAGGAGUUGAACCCAGUCUCUAGUGCCAAUCUCCAGCAUUAAUUUGGUAAAGGUCUCUUUAAUUGUUCUAUUCAUCCUUUCCACCUGACCUGAACUUUGGGGUCUGUAAGGACAAUGUAAUCUCCAAUUAAUCCCCAGUAACUUGGCCACCAACUGACUUACCUGGGAGAUAAAGGCUGGGCCGUUAUCUGACCCAAAUACCUUAGGUAGACUGAACCAGGGAAAGACUUCUUCCAAAAGUUUCUUGACCACAACUUGAGCAGUCUCUUUCUUGGUGGGAAAGGUGUCUAUGAAUACUAGCAGAUAUUUGUUAUUGUAUGAUGUAGGUGGGUCUUCUAUCUAUCUAUUGUUUCAUUGGUUAAUUAAUAAAGAAAACUGCUUGGCCUAAUAGGUCAGAAUAUAGGUUGGCGGGGAAGACAGAACAGGAUUCUGGGAGAAAGAAAGCUGAGUCAAGCAGACAGAUAUAGCUCUCCUCUCCAAGAUGGACGCAGGUUAAGAUCCUUCCUGGUAAGCCACCACCUCAUGGUGCUACACUCAUUAAUAGAAAUGGGUUAAUCAAGAUGUGAGAGUUAGCCAAUAAGAGGCUACAGAUAACGGGCCAGGCAGUGUUUAAAAGAA